AGGACAACAUGUCUGCUCUUCAGAAUUGUGUGAAUUUUCUCUGCAGAAAUUCGCUGCGUUUGCAGCUCCCUGCCUCACAAUAUGUGUCGCAGCGAUGGCAAUCGUCGGCGGAUACCUCUGCCCAUACUUUGGCCGUCAGGCAGAAGAUAAUCGAUAAGAAAGAAAAGGCCCUGCAGGGUGGAGGCGACAAGCGAAUCCAGACCCAACACAAGAAGGGGAAGCUGACAGCCCGUGAGAGAAUCAACCUCCUGAGUGACCCGGGCAGCUUCUGCGAGUAUGACAUGUUUAUGGAACAUGACUGCUAUAACUUCAACAUGCAGAACCAGAAGUAUCCUGGAGACAGUGUUGUCACUGGACGCAUCAAGAUCUAUGGAAGGACCUGUUUCGUGUUCAGCCAGGAUUUUACUGUGUUUGGCGGCAGUUUGUCCUAUGCUCAUGCUAGAAAGAUCUGUAAGGUAAUGGACCAAGCGAUGUUAGUCGGAGCACCACUGAUUGGUCUAAAUGAUUCGGGUGGUGCUAGGAUUCAGGAGGGUGUGGCAUCCUUGGCCGGUUAUGCAGACAUCUUCCAACGUAAUGUGAUGGCAUCUGGAGUGAUACCUCAAAUCUCCAUGAUCAUGGGUCCAUGUGCCGGCGGUGCCGUCUACUCACCUGCACUGACUGACUUCACAUUCAUGGUCAAGGAUACAUCUUACAUGUUUAUCACCGGGCCGGACGUUGUUAAGGCUGUCACAAAUGAAGACGUCACACAAGAAGAGCUCGGCGGUGCAAAGACGCACAACUCUGUCUCUGGCGUUGCGCAGGGUGCAUUUGAGAAUGACGUUGAGGCUAUGCUGCAGUUGAGGGAGUUCCUGAACUAUCUGCCCAUGAGCAACCGUGACCAAGCUCCCAUCAGGAGGAGCGAUGACCCACCAGACCGUCUGGUCCCAGCCAUCGACAGUGUUGUGCCACUGGAGUCGACUGCCGCCUAUGACAUGAAGGAGAUCAUUUAUGGCAUCGUAGAUGAGCGAGACUUCUUCGAGACUAGCGCGACCUAUGCCAAGAACAUCUUGACGGGAUUUGCACGGAUGAAUGGCAGGACUGUUGGAAUCAUCGCCAACCAACCCAAGGUUGCUGCUGGGUGUCUCGAUAUAAACGCAUCGGUGAAAGCGGCACGUUUCGUUCGGUUCUGCGACUCUUUCAACGUUCCUAUUCUGACGUUCGUCGAUGUGCCCGGGUUCCUGCCUGGUACAUCCCAGGAGUACGGCGGUAUCAUCCGUCAUGGAGCCAAGUUGCUUUACGCCUAUGCUGAGGCGACAGUACCAAAGAUUACCGUCAUUACGAGAAAGGCCUAUGGAGGUGCCUACAUUGUCAUGGCUUCGAAGCAUUUCCGUGGCGAUGUGAACUAUUGCUGGCCAACAGCAGAGGUAGCCGUCAUGGGAGCUAAGGGAGCCGUUCAGAUCAUCUUCCGUGGGAAGGAUGCUGAACAGCAGGAGGAGAACUACAUUGAGCAGUUUGCUAACCCCUUCCCAACCGCCGCCAAAGGUUACGUUGAUGACAUCAUUGAGCCUAACACGACGAGGAAGCGAAUCUGUGCCGAUCUGGAGGUGUUGUCGCGUAAGAAGUUGGAGAAUCCCUGGAAGAAACAUGGAAACAUCCCAUUGUAAUGUGGUCAAUUGCCAGCAGGUGGCAGGACGAUAGGAGAUUGUAGAGUGCUUUAGCAGGGCAUCGAUCAUUUAGACGGCUACACAUCCCAGGCUUUCUGCUUGGACGUGGACUCAGCUUGCCAUAUUGAGAAAAUGUAACCAGUCUAUUUUUCUAAUUUGCCACAUUGAGAUGAUUGAGACGGUAUCCUAUUGAUUCCAGUGGCCCAAAUAGAUUGAUUGACAGUUUUGAAAUGGCACUGAAUGGCCUCAUGCCAUUACAUAAACGAUAGGCAAUAUUAACCUAGAAGUUAAUGUCUCCAAGUUAGUGACCGAUUCUCCAGGUGUUUAGCACCUCACAAACAAGGGUUUUCUAUUGCUACAUGUAUGACCUACAUUAUGGCCACGUCAUUUGUGAUUGGAAAGUUCCUGCGCAGUCAAUCACCAUGUCACUGGUCUCGGAAAUGGAAUGCGAUUGUUUGAGAAACACUUUAGUUAUGAACAUUCACUGCUAAAAACAGGGUCAAGUUCAAAUUAAUCAUGGUUAUUUAGUGAUUUUUUAGUUUGUAUUUGUGUGAUGGUAGUCUAAAGACAAUACUGAUGAAAUCAUGUUAGCCUGUGUUGUUGGCAGCUUGUGAUCUAUUAUAGCUGAUAGUUGUCUGUAUAAUUUUAUUUAAUCGUAGCAUGACAUAUUGUACCAACCAUGUGGUAGGGCCUCCAUCAGAAUGUGAUCGCCCGAACUAGAUUGUCAAGCUUGUUUGAGACACUCUGGAGAGCGUUGGUGGUGGUGGCAAUGUUCUGGUAUAGAGGGCGCUGCAGUGGAUCAAAAGUAAAACGACCUGUCUUGAGACCAGUCUUGUUUUUCUAAGGCAUUUUUUUGUCGUCAUUUCCUCAUGGUACUUAAACUGUGAUAUGAAAGUAAAAGUGCUGUCACUUAAUGGAUGUGCUGACACGCCUGCUUGCUCUUUGAGUGCCCAUCAAUUUUCGCGACUUGCCCCUAAAGUGCCCAUGAGCGGGAAGCACAUCUGGGGAAUCCCCACUUCAUCGAUGAUCGUCAGAAACAUUUUUUUUGGUGAUUACGAGGACACCUGCAGUCGACUUUUUAAAAAUUGAACGAUCAUUGGAAGCUACUACAUAGGGGUUGUCCUUAUUUGUGGAUAUUUCUAAAAAGAGUACAAUUGGAAGGCCCUGAUAGAUGUAAUUGUAUAUUGUUUUAAAGGUUUUUUCCCCUUGACAUUACCAGUGGUGUUUCCAAGGUUAUUCCAGUGGACUUCCAGUGGACUUCCAGUUGGAUUUCAAAAAGGUUCUUUGUUGUUAACCCACUGGUAAGCAGUGCCGAUGCAUCUGUGAAAGCCACUACCACUCAACAUAACCAGUGGUGUUUCCAAGGUCACUCCAGUGGGAUUUUAAAUGGCUACUCAAAGGAUCUGAUGUUGUAAUGGUAGUGUUCUAUGAGGUACAUGUUGUAAAUUUGCAAUGUUCCAAGUAGGAGUGGAGGUUAUUUUCUGGGAGAAUUUCAUUCCACUUGUUAUAAAGUGUACAUUAUAUCAUGACAUUAAA